GCUACGGCCGAGCUUGUAUUAUAAACAUACAUUCGCAGCGUAGGCAUUCGUUUAGUGAUUGUGGGUGGCAUAAUUUAGUUGGAAUUUUUAAAAUAAGUAAAGGACUUUGAUUAUACCGCACUUGAGUUGGAUCGAACGGUAAAUAAUUGCGUUCCGUACCGUUUAUUAAGGCUUGUUGUCAUCGAUUAAUACGUAUCUCUUUCGUGAUAGAUCGUGACCGUGUCAAUAGCGCUAAUAUAAAUUGUUUUUCAUCGCUGAUGCGAGAAGACGAAACGAAACUUACCUAUUAUAAUUAGUUCUCGGACUUUGUUGCGGACAAAUAACUGACUGUGUUAAAUAACAACUGCUGUGCGGUGAUAAUGGAAGGAGUCGUUAGGUUAAUCGUAAAGGCUCCGAAUCAGCAGACCGAGGAUCAAAUUAUAAGAUGCGAAUUAGGGUGGACCAUUGGACGACUCAAGGAUCACCUCGCCCAAGUUUAUCCUAGCAAACCAAAGUCUUCCGAACAAAAGCUCAUUUACUCUGGUCAACUGUUGAGUGAUUCUGCCUUCUUGAGAGAUGUCCUCCAUCACUACGGUGGCGGAGAUCAGCUCGACCAAUCCUAUACUGUACACCUAGUCUGUGCUCCGACGAUGCCAUUUUACACAGACAAGGCACGCACCAACUCAUCCACCAGUGGCCCAGAAGGAAACAUGGGUGUAUUACAGCCUGAUGCCAUUUUAAAUCCAGUUCAAUCGGAAAGGCUUCAAAGUCAGAGCUUAGAAAGCGACGAGGUUAACAAUCCAGCAUCUUCUUCCGCUCAGUUAUAUUCUACUCAGCGGUAUUAUAACCAGCUGAACAGUCAGCAGAUAGCAUGGAUGCAGCAGGCUUAUACGCAUUACCUUACUCAGUACAUGCAGAUGAUGGCUGCACAAGGUAUCCAAUUACAAAGCAGCAUUCCAUACAUACAGCCUGUGAACACAAACACAAAUGAAGCAGUCAAUAACAAUAAUCGCGAUGAUCAUCAGCGGGUAGCCGCUCAUGGUGCGGGGGCUCCUAUAGAUCCUAUAGAAGCAAACAAUGCAAAUAACAAUGCUGCUGCAGCCGAUGAGAGAGGAGAUGGUGGAAUAGUAUUGAAUCGUGAUUGGCUUGACUUUUUUUACAUGCUGUCCAGAGUCAUUGUCUUGUUUAGCAUCGUAUACUUCUACUCUUCUCCACUCAGGUUUCUCAUUGUAACAUUUUUGGGAUUCGCUGUCUAUCUGUACCAGGGUGGUUUCUUUCGAGUGCAACCGAUGCUCUUGGUUGACAACAACAAUGGCCGCGUUGACAAUAAUAAUCAAAUUUUACAAAACGAAGCUGUCGGGGCUCAGGCUUUACCAGCACAGCAGCCACCCCCAGCUCCUCAAACAGACACACAUGUUAAUCCCAAUGAAGAAAAUGAAGGUCAGAGACCGGGAGCUUUGGCAUUUGCUUGGACAUUCUUCAGUUCGUUUUUUGCAUCUCUUAUACCCGAUCAACCAAAUGUUGUCUAAUUUGAUAAUAAUUUCGUUCUACAUUAUGCAAUUGUAAAUUAAUAUAUAUAUAUUCUCUAAAAUCGAAUUAAAACUUUGCAUUGAUGCAAGAGAUCGUCUCUUACACGUUAUAGGUAUCAGUCUUGUUUCACAGACAUGGAUAUAUCACAGCUGCAACUGUUCCGCCAAUCUAAUCUUUUAGUAACUGACAUCACUCAGUUGACGAAUAGAGUAGGUUAGCAGACGUUUAGUGAAUUGUCAAGGCAGUUGUUUAGUAUAAAUAGUCAACGAUCGACAUUUGAUUGAUAUAAAACUGUGAAUUCAGACGUCUUUCAAACGUAAAAACUGUUGUACAAGUAAUAGCAGACUAUUGGUAUUGUGAGAUGAAGUUUGCUGUGUCUAUUAUGAUAUAAAAAGUAUAUUCGACGAAUUCAAAAAAAGUUUUGCUUUUACUACAUGCCAAGUUUUGCGAGAAACAUUUGAAAACGUUAAGAGGGAUUCAGAAAAAUACAAUUAUCGUCCAUUAUUGUAUGUCAAUAUUAUUCGUAAGUUUCAGUUGGUUAACUCUGUUGACAAGCAUCAACAUAAGCUAUGUGCUGUGGUUCACUUUCUGUAAUUUUCCGAAAAGUUUGUUUCUCGGUACUGAACGCAAUUUUUGACUAAUUCCAAUCGAAGUAUACGCGUAUUUUGAAAAUGAGCUGAUCAUCGGUUCGAAAAAUCAAAAUUGUAAUAAAUUCCUGCUUGUUUCUCGAUUUUUUGCUGAAAACAAAACUAUAAAUUGAUCUGCUACCAUAAGGAGACUUACAUGUUUGCUGACCUGAAUUACCGCCAAUGCCUAAUGAUGAGUAACAUCUCUUGGUUUGAAUUUUGCUUGUUUAUCUUGUCUUCUUGAAUAAAUAUUACAAAAUCGUCUGUA